AAACAAGACAUGGACAGAGACAAGUAUGAGUUGUAUCUCCAUCACCUUGCCAGGCUGUCAAUCUCAAGAUUCUAACGUGCAAAUCCGGUGGCUGAUGGUGCCAUUCCAGGUGCCGAUAUCAAAAUCUAAGAACGGGUGGCAGCAAAGACACCUGCCUUCUGCUGCUGCUGCUGUUGCAAUUGCUAUUGCGGAUAGCAGUUUUCCUCUUCCUGAACGGGUCCAAUUCCUUUGUGGACUUCACCGAUCAGGCCUGCAUUGUUCUGGGAUUAAUACGUUAGGAGUUCUUGGAAUAAAGGAUGGAGAUGCAGAUUGGAAGAGUAGGGAACAUCAUAAAAUGGAAUUGUUUCCUCCAUAAAGUUGUGUUGUGUCCUUUGCUUUGCU